UGUCGAUCGUUGCAUAUCAUCACAGGCGAUCAUCUCUUGAAAAAAAAAAAUUUCGCGAUGCAUCUACUCCGCACGUUAGUCCUCGCGACUUUGUCGUCGCUCGCACAGGCAAGCUUGCAAGUUGUGUCUGGAGCAACAUGGACUGCAUCUAACCACGAACACCUCCAAGCGCACGGCGCCGGCGUGAUCAAGGUCGACUCAACGUACUACCUAAUCGGCGAGGACAAGACCAACGGCAGCGCCUUCCAGAACAUAAACUGCUACUCCUCGCCGGACCUCGUGCAAUGGACCUACGUCGGCGCCCUGCUCUCCCGCACCAGCAGCGGCGACCUGGGGCCUAACCGGGUCGUCGAGCGGCCCAAGGUCCUCUACAACGCCCAGACGUCCAAGUACGUGCUGUACAUGCACAUCGACUCGUCGAACUACGGCGAGGCCAAGGUCGGGGUCGCGACGGGCGACACCGUGUGCGGGCAGUACACGUACGUGAACUCGUUCCAGCCGCUGAGCCACCAGAGCCGGGACAUGGGGCUGUUCGCCGACGACGACGGGACCGGGUACCUGCUGUCCGAGGACCGGCAGAACGGGCUGCGCAUCAUGCAGCUGUCGGACGACUACCUCAGCGUCGCGAGCAGCACCUACCUGUGGUCCGACAGCAUCGAGGCCCCCGCCCUGCUCAAGCUCAACGGCCGGUACUACAUGUUCGGCUCGAAGCUGACCGGGUGGGACCCCAACGACAACGUGUACUCGACCUCGACCUCGCUGACCUCGGGGUGGAGCGCGUGGGCGACCUUCGCCGACGCCGGCAGCAAGACGUACACCUCGCAGACGAACUACGUGCUGCCCGUCGGCUCCAACGCCGCCAUCUACCUCGGCGACCGGUGGCACAGCAGCGCCCUGAUGACCUCCACCUACGUGUGGCUGCCGCUCACCAUCGACGGGACCUCCGUCACGAUGCCGAACGCCGAGUCCUGGGUUCCCGACCUCAGCGCGACCAGCGCGUCCGCGUCCGCCGCCAAGCCGGCCGAGAACGCGUACGAGGCCGAGGCCGCGGCCUACGGCGGCCAGGCGCGCGACGUCAGCUGCAGCAGCUGCUCGGGCAGCACGGCCGCGGGGUACAUCGGCGGGCCUGACCUGGGCACGGUCACGUUCAGCGGCGUGCACAGCGACGCGACGACGCGGACGACGAUCCGCGUGCGCUACGUCAACGGCGACAGCUCGCCGCGGUACGCGAACGUCCGCGUGAACGGGGGCUCCCCGCAGGAGCUCGCGUUCUUGCCCUCGGGUAGCAGUGUGAUGAGCAGCACGCUGCACGCGGACUUGAAGGAGGGUGAUAACGAGAUUAGCUUUGAGGGCAUCGACGGUGGAUGGGGGCCUGAUAUCGAUGAAUUGAUUGUGCCCGUGUCAUAAACUGUGCUUGUUGAAGCAAUGGGAAAGUCAGGGGUAAGCAAACAAACACUUUGUACUUGAGGCUAUAACUUCGUAACCUAUGGUUACGGAGGUAGAGAUUUAGGCAUCAGA